UCACAUAGUCAGAGAGACCUUUGGGCUAGUUAUAUCAUCACCGCAGGGUUUAUACUGGACCAAGCCAAUUGAAACAUGGUCUGGCUGUCACAAUGGCUGGUGCUGUGGGUAGCUGUGGAGGCUGCUCUGGCGGGCUCCACGCAACAUUGUCCACAAAAGAUCUUGAAGACUGAUUUUAACAUGACCGAGUAUCUUGGCGAGUGGAAUGAAAUUCUGCGUGUCCCAAACGACUAUGAAGAGGGUUACAGCUGUAUGUCGGACCGAUUCAGGCUGUCACCUGAUGGUGCCACGAAGGUGCACAGCCAUGCUUACAAUGCCAGCAACGGAGCGUACGUAUUUCUGGAUGGAGUGGUGACACUGUCCCAGCCUGGUCGUUUCGACAUCACUUAUAGCGGGGAAACUGUGUGGAGUUCAAGCUAUUGGGUCCUGGGUACAAACUACAACACGUAUGCAGUACUAUGGGGUUGCCUUGUGCAAAAUGACGGCAGUAUUAGACAUUUGUCCUGGGUGUCUAGUCGACAGAAGACUCUCGAUGAGGAUUCCAUGACGGAGGUAAACGAAGUCCUGGGAAAUAAUGGUCUGGAGAGGAGUCAGUACGAGGACGUGGUCCAAACCAACUGCCCGGCGAUGCCCUCUGCAGAAUUAUGAAAAUCACGGCGUUUCUCCAAUCGCGUUCGCCCGUUUCGCCCUGUUUGGAAUUUCAACCAGACUAGUUGCGUUUCGAAAUAUGUGCCCUUUUAAAUAUUAAGUAGUUACAGUUAAAACAUAACUUUCAGCGGUCCCAGUGCGUUUAUAUAAUAUGUCCCUGCAGACCUAAGAACCUAAAUUGAAUAACAAUUUUCUUGGAUAUUAUCCAUCGUCUAGUAAAUAUAAAACGUAAAACGACGUUCCGUCCGGAGAUAGGGAUUAGCUCUAUCUAGUGGGCCCAACUGUGUAGGAACCUGAAGACGGA